AUGAGUGAGCGCAGCUUUCGUCCUGCCAUUGAGCACGACGCGUCCACUGAUGAUCUGCACGCGUAUGAAGGCUCCAGGGGCGUUUCGGCGCGACGGGGCGCGCUGCCCACCGCGCCGGUGGUGAAUAACUACUACCUGCAGGACGAGCGUGCGGUCCCCAUUCCGCUGUUUCUCUCACCGAGCGUCUCAAUGGAGAGUCUGACGCUGAGCCAAUCACAGCAGCUGAGACCGGUGCGUGGGAAGCGAGAACGUGAAUUGACACACCGUGAGCGGCGCUUCAACGGCCUCGCUGUGGCGACCGCAGCGGUGGCCGCACCAGCAGGUAGCAAAGCGGCGUCUGGCAACGGCGGCGGAGCUGUGAACCCGUACGCGGAGCGUCACCAGGGGCCAGUGCGCCCCAUCACCGUCGCAGAGGAGCGCACGCUUCUCGACGAGUCGCUGGAGUACUACAGGCGUGCGAAGCUUCCACGCAAGGAACCGCUUGCGCUUACCGAGGAGGGGGAGGAAAAUGAGAUAACGAAGAGUUCCGCGGUGCUGCGGUCGGAGCUGAAGCGGAUGCGGGAACAGUAUGAACACUUGAGCAAGGUCGUUGACGAGACACGCAUGGAGCUCCAGCGAAGCCGUGAGGAAAGUGAACGGUCGAAGGAUGCCACGCAACGUUCUGUAAUGGACCUGCGCGUGGAGGUGGCGCAGCUGACCAAGCAUGUGGAGCUGCUGGACGGCAGACACUCGUCGUUGGAGCAGUCGGUGGGGGACUUGAGGGGGAUGCAGUCGCUAGUUGAAUCGUUUCGCGGAGAUCUUGCCAGUCUGCGCAGCGAAGUGGGACAGAAGUCCUCUGCUAUAGCUGUGUUAGAGAAAUCCUUUGAAGAGGUAAAGAGUCGUGCACCAGCUCCUUUGUCGAUGAAUACUACGGCACCGCCUGCUUUUGCUGCUCCUGGCGCUUCUACCACAACAAAGAGCUCCUUUGCAUUUGGCGGUGCUUCCGCGGGUUCAUCAAACGUUGACGGCCUCACCUUCGGCGGCGCCUCGAAAUCAGAGGAAGCACCUGCUACUUCUACUACGGCAACAACAGGUGCGACAGCGACAACGGGGUCUGACUCCUCCACAGCGGCAAAGAACCCGUUUGCAUCUGGUGGAGCUUCGGCGAGUCUGCCGAACACCGGUGGCUUCUCCUUUGGAGGUGCUGGUAAGUUGGCAGAGACGUCUGCGGCUGCUACUGACAAUGCAGCUGUCUCAAAGAGUCCUUUCUCUUUUGGUGGCACCUCCACCAAUCCGUCGAAUGCGGGAAACUUCAGCUUUGGAAAUAACGCUAAACCAACGGAGGCACAGACUAACGGCGGAAAAGUGUCCGGCUCCCCCUUUCACACGUUGCCCACUGCUGCGUCGAAUGAACCUUUUUCUUCUAAUACUUUCUCGUUCGGAGGUGCCUCCACUUCUGCUGCGGCUGCGGCUGCUCCUGGUGGCGCUGUUGCCGCCGAGGGGAAGGCGGAGAACACCGCCAAUUCGAAUCCGUUCGGUGCCACUCCGCAGAGCUCUGCGUUUGGCGCGCCUGCAAGCACCAACUUAAUGCCCUGUAAUGCGUCUUCCUUCGGCGCACCAGCAGCUGGUAACGCGUCGUCGGGACUAGGUGGCGCGCAGGGGAAAGUGGGCGCGGGCUUCGCGCAGCUGCCCUUUGCGCAGCCCAUGGUCCCCGACGUGCCGUUUGCCCCCGCUGGCGCUGACGAUGCUGCGGAUCACACAAACGUCCUCGGGGCACCGCCGCGGAAGAAGAAGUUGACGCGAAUGUACUGA